AUGGACCACUUCUGUCCUUGGGUAGGUGGUGUGGUCUCGGAAACCUCAUUUAAAUUCUUCAUUCAGUUUGUGUUUUACACAUUCAUCUUUUGCACAUUUACUCUUAUUGUUUGUGCGAUCUUCACAGCUGAACUCCGACGAGAGACGGGCGAUGUCAAUCCUCACUGGGCUGUUGGUAUCGGAUUGAGUUGCCUUUUCGGAAUCUUCACACUUGGAAUGACACUUAGCUCUGUACAACUUGCGAUGUAUAAUUUGACGACGAUCGAGAAUCUGAAUCGUCGGUCGGCAGUCUGGACAUUGGCUAUACGUGUGCCCAAGCAUAUGCUUUCCAAGCUGGACCCUGAGUCCCGAUGGGCCCCGACAUUUCGUACAAUAACUUAUCCUUUACCGCCGAUACCACCAAGUGCUGAGGCUACAUCAGAGCAUCAACAAAGCCCACCCACAGGGGAACAGCAUGUGUUUGCGAUUCUUCAGACACUCCCAGGCGAAAACCCAUUUGACCUGGGUACUUCUUUCCAAAACCUCCAACAGGUUUUGGGUUAUUCGAUACUUGACUGGUUGCUUCCUCUCAGGCAAAGCCCAUGUGCGGACCACAGUAGUCUGGAAAGCACGUUUGCGCUCGGGCCUGUGGUACGUAGACUGAAAGCUGAGGUUGGACUUGAAGAUCCUGUCGUUGCAGAUGGCAAGCCUACAGAUAGGUCAUCGAAGCGUAAACGGGGACGAAGCAGAGCUGAGCAACACAGUUGA